AUGAAGAAUUCGAAUGAUGAACUUUCCAAUUAUUUAUUGACUGCAACAGUAAAGCCAGGUGAAGGAAACUUCAAGCCUGACAUGUCAAUAAAAUAUGAAACAAUGAGUCAGUCAAUUUGCAAAGAUUUAUCAUAUACUGGAAGAGUUGAUCGUCAAUCCAUGAUUGAAAUCAACCAUUUGCUUAAGACUACAUUUGUUGCUUAUGCCUGCGCAAAUGGAACUCUUAAACAAACAGUUGUUCCAAAAUUAGCUUCAAAACUUACAUUUUCUUUAGCUAUCGUCGAACUCUUGUACGAAUACAUGCAAUUUUUGAGCGCCACAUUUAUGUUCGCUAUUGAUGAUAUGAUGGACGAAGUUACUGGAAAAAAGGUUUCUGAUUUCAACAAAACUACGGCAUUAGUCGAACAUCUCGUUACGCCAUUCACUUCCAUUGCUACAUGCUGUGAUGAAGAGGCACAGACAUGCACACAAAUUGGAAGAUUUGCUGAAAUUUUGCCUUUAUCAACAAAAAUUUCUCGUGUUUUGAAACAAAUUGUCCAAGCAUCAAAGAACUUUUCAGCAAACAAACCAGCUACAGAAACCAACUCCGCAAUCAAAUCUCUUAAAGUUCAAAUUGAACCUUGGAUUGCCGACUUAAACAAGUUUUUAGACAAGAACCUUGGUCUUACACGUGGUGCAAUUAAGCCACAGUUUGUUGGCGGAAUGCAAGAAUUCAUCAGAAAACUUCAAGUUCAGCAAAUUAAGAGUUUCACUCAUUUUGCACUCGAUUGCAUCAUUUUAUCUCGCUCAAAGCUGAAAAACUACAGACAGCAUGUCAUCCGCCUUAAGACAAUUGCUACAAGAUUAGUUAAAUCUGUGGCAAAAUUAAAUCUCAUUUUAUUAAACAUUUCAGCUACAGGAAAGGUUGCAGAAUCAGGUCUCAAGAAUGGCUUGACUGCAAUCAAGCUCUUCUCCAACUUUUCUUCCGCUUACAUCAAGUCAAAUUGUGGUCAAGAAUCUUUGAUCCUCGAACACCUUGAUAACUGCAAGAGGAACUUCCUCCAAGACUCAGAAACAUACGAGCCAUAUUAUACAGCAGCUACAAACCACGUUCCUCAAGAAAAUUCAGUUACUAACACAAAUACAUCGAAUUUGGACUAUCUUAAGUGCAAAUACUCCUCGGAAUUGCCAUUUGUUUACACAGUUCUUAACACUGCUUCCAAUUUCUUGAACAAAAACUUUUCUCUCGGAAUGAACGAAAAUUAUUCGCAGCAAUUCAAUGAUUUGAUUGCCGAAUUGACCAAGAAGAUCAACAGCGUUCCACAGAAAGGCCAGCCUAUCAUUCUUUACGCAAAAGCAAAGCUUGAAAUCGAUUAUGAAAAAUUUACAAAUGCAAUUUCCGCAUUUAAGAGUAAUCCACUCGAUCCGAUCUUCCAAGACAACGUAAUUGUUUCCGCCGUUACUCUUGUCCUUUCUGCGAUCAGCGUCGACGGAUGUCCAGAUAACAUCGCCGUUGCACUUUUCUGCCUUGAACUUAGUGGCAGACUUCUUAAUACCCAGCUACAGAAUGGAUACGACGGCAUAAAAUCCGCUGGAGAGAUUCACGAUCUGAAACCAAUUGGAACAAAGCUUCUUCCUGGCUUCUUGAAGGUCAUUCAAGAGGCCAUCAAUGCUCUAAAGAAGGAUAAGGACUUCUCUGUAUCAUCGUUAGUCCAUUCUUCAAGCAUUUGGGCACAAUUAACUCCAUUAUUCUACGCAAUUUCAUCUUCUACGGAAGGUGCAAACAAAUCCGGUGCAACAGGAACGAAUACAUUAAGAUUACAAACAUAUUGCACCUCCUACAUCCAGAAUGGAUACAAUUUCAGAAUGGCAAUCUGUUCAAUGCUCUUCCAAGUUGCUUCUUCCAUGUCAAAGUUCGGCGCUGCCAAUGGGUUUGAGUCCAAGCCACUCAAAGAUGCUAUCUGGCAAGCUUCAAGAGUACUUUGCUUCUCUCCUGAUAACGCAUCUGACUUGAAGAACGCCAUUUCAUCAGCAUUGAGUGCAUUCCAGUCCCUCUAUAGCUGCCCAGAUGGUUUGGUCGCUCAAGCAAUCGGAACUAACGCACAAGCCGCGAUUAAUUACGCAAGUUGCUUGGAUGUCCUCUUCGUUUCCAUUGAAUUGUUGUUACCAUCAUUAAUGUUGAGCUCCAACAUCAGGACAAUUCAAUCCCAUUACGAAGUUUUGGAUCAGUGCAUUCAAGCCCACAAACCAAUCAUCCAUUCGGCCAUUCGCUUGGUUCUUGAGUUCCAGUCAAUGCUUUUCACGCUCCAGUAUUUGGCUCCGGACAUUGCGAACGCGGAUUCAAUCUUUUGUGUCUCCGAGUUCAUUUACUAUUCCGGCAAAUACGAUUUAGGCGACAAGAGUGCUGAAAACGACGUAAUUGACUGCAGCGAUAUGUGUUCCAGUUUGGCCACUCAAUUUGCUGACCAAUGCAAAGAGAUGGAGUUGGAAGUAUCGCAGAAACAGUUCAAGCCAUCGAAGAUUGAGGAUGUAACAGUUCCAGAAUCACCAUUUUUCGUUCCAGCUUUGUUUGAUUUCGCAACAAUGGAAGUUAUUCAGACAAGAGAGCUCACUGACUCACCAUUCAAUGAACUAUCAGGCUCUCUCUUGAAGAUAAUUCUCCAAUACAUCAAGAGAAAUGAAGAAUCAGGUCAAGAUGACGAUGAAGAAGAAACAAUUCCGGAAAUUCCAUUCGAAACCGACUCAGAAAUCACAAUCAGGAAGUCCCAUAAGAGAGCCGAAAUGGAUCCACCAUUAGCUUCUCCAAAACCUCAAGCUCUUUCAAUUAUUCCUGCAUUAGCCAUGAAAAGUGCUCCAGAAUCAACACCACUUCAAGAUGAACCACCUUUCUCACCGGAAAUUCCAAGCAGCGAACCUCCAUCUUUAAUUGGCUUUCCUCUCCACAAUUAUGUAGUCAAAAACUAUCCAAAAAUCGAAGCAGCCAAUCUUCCACCACCAAUCAUGGCUGAGAACAACAAACAGAACCUUCCAAUGCCUCCAACACCUCCACCUUACGCUCCUCCGCCACUUCCUGUCUCUCCUGACCCAGUUAAACCGAAAUUUGACCAGAAACCGACAUUUAAUUUCGAAGAGAAAUUACCAACAUCGGAGCCAUUGAGGAAGACAACAAUAAUUGCUCCUGGCAAGAUCGAUAAAAGGUCAUCCACAUCCAGUAGUGAUCCAAGUGAUGAUGAAUCCAGUUCCGAAAUCACUGAAACAUCAGAUGUUCCAUUUGAAACUGUUGGAAUUAAAGAUGUCGAUUCCCUCGAGAUGAAACCAUUUGUUUUACCAACAACAAACGAACAACCAGUUGUCAUUCCACUCAAAGACGAAGAGAAGAUGAAAGAACCGGAGAUGCCAACAAGAAAACAACCUGAUUUACCACCUUUUUCUCCUCCUCUUCCUGAAUUUCCAAAAUCACAAGAGAUGCAAAUGCCUUUGCCACCUCCUCUUCCAGAAGUUCCUAAAUCUCAGCAACUACAGAUGCCAUUACCUCCUCCUCUUCCCGAGCCACCAAAAGAGAUGCCUCCUCCACCACCUAUUCCUGAACUAUCAAAGGAAAUGCUUCCACCACCUCCUCUUACUCCUGUAAGAGAAAUUCCGAAACAGGAAGAGUUGCUGCCAAUGCCUGUUCCUGUUGAAAUACAGACACAACCACUAAUACAUAAGAGGAAGCACCCACCGCCACCACCUGCCAAUCAACCACCUCCUCCAAGAGGUCCUCCUCCAAGGAAACACUCAAUGCCUUUGCAGCCAGUCAUUGAGAAAUCUCCUCCUCCACCGCCAGUCAUGAUUAGCAAUCCACAUCCUUCUACACCACUUAAAUUCAAGGUCUCUGAGUCAUCAUCAUCAUCUUCUUCUUCGAGUUCAUCAUCUGAUUCUGAAGAGAUAUUGAAGCCAGUUGAGAUGCCGACAUUCACUCCUCCAGGCAAAUUCAAUCCUCCGAAAGCUCCUGACAACAAGUACGAGAUAAAGAACAUCUUUGAAGCACCGAAGAAAGGAGUUUCACCUCCAUCAAGGGCAUUCAGUUUCGCUCCUCCUGUAAAGAUGGGAUCAAGUCUUCCUAUUGAAGCUCCUGUCUUCACACCACCGAAGAAAGUUCAAGAACACGAUGUCAAAUCAUCGGAGAAACAAAAGCCACUAGUCUUUGAAAAGCCAAAGGAGCAAACAACUAAAGUAUCAACAAGUCCACCUCCUCCACCAAUUGUUGUUGAGAAGAAACAAGAGGAAGAGCCAAAGUCAGACGAAAUUGUUGUAGAAGUAACAACACCAAUUCCAACAGCUUCUCAACUUCCUCCUAUGUUUGCAGGAGCUCCUCCUCCUCUUCUUCCAACAGGACCAUCUCCUAUGAUGCCUCCAAUGAUGCCGCACUUCCAGAGCUCCAUGGGAAUGCCUCCACCUCUUCCAACUGGUCCUCCAAUGAUGGGUAAUUUCCAGACAAUGCCAAUGAUGUUCCCUCCUCCACAGCAAGAAACAGUUUCCAAAUUCAAAGAAUUAUCUUCUUCAUCGUCAUCCUCUUCAGAUGAUGAGGAAAGAGUGAAGAUAAUGACUCCACCUCCAACAAGUAAUUCACACACUGAUUCACUCACAUUCAAGCCAACACAGUCUGCUCCUGCUGGUCCAAGUUUGGCUCAGUUACAGCAAGAUCAAGCUUUCCAUUUGCAAUCAUUAGCUCCAGGAGAGAAACUUAAUUCUUCUGCCAAUUUGGUGAUGCCGAUGCCGAAACUUCCUGAUUUCGCGAUCGAAUCACCAGAACCAGUACCUGCUCCUAGUGCUCCUGUUGCAUUUGGAAACAUCAUGCCAAUGCCAAACAUAUUGACUCCUCCUCCAGCAAUGCAACAAGAACAAUCUCCAAUUAUCCAGAAAUCUACACCUCCUCCAAAGAAUUACGUGUCGACGCCAACAUUACCAGAGCCAAGAACACCUCCGCCACCAUUGCCAACAACACCUGCAAACGACAGAUCGACACCUCCACCUCUUCCUUCGAUGCCUUUGUCUCCUGGAAACGAUACAUUCAAACUGGAUUCGAUUCCAAUGCAGAAUUUGCCUCCAAUGCCUUUGUUCUCUGUCGAUUUGCAGUCGAAACCACAGCAGCAACAACCUGUUCCUCAAGUUCCUCAGAUGCAAAUGAUAGACAACGAUCUUCCACAAGUCCCUCAGAUGCCUCCUCUUCCUUCAUUCGCAAUGAAUCCUCCUCCUCAACAAGAAACAAAGCAUUCAUUUGUUGAACAGGAACCAGUCAAUCCAUCUCCUGUCAGGACAAUUCCAGAAAUUCCUCAGAUGCCGGAAUCACCUCCACAAUCUCCUAAACCAAUUGAAGAGCCUCCGAAACCAGUUGAAGAACCACCUAAACCUGUUGAAGAACCUCCGAAGAUGAUAGGACCUCCUCCGAUCAACAUCGUCAUGAAACAGCCUGUUUCUAACUUACAAGUCGGUGCUCCAGAGCCAAAGGAAAAGCCAGAAGCUCCAAAACCAGCAGCACCAAUUGUUAUACAGAUGCAACAAGGUCCAAGACAAACUUACGAUUUCAACCCAGUCGAAGUUCCUAAAAUCGAAGCUCCUCCAAUUGUUCAACUUCCUCACCAAAUCAACAAUCCUUACCAAGGACAAGCGAUUGUUGCGGACAUGUUGUCAACACAGGCUGAUAUUCCUAUGUCUCCAGAAGGAAACUUCGUUCAGCCUGUUCAAAUCAAAGGAGAAACAGAUCAGGAAAUCAUCGACAAAUACGGAAUCAAAGGAAACAAUUUACUUCCUCCUGAAACACUCAGUGAUCAUCCAAUUCCUUCCAUUGCUGAUGUAUUGAGAAUCAUCAACAGAGACAUUGGUUUCGACGAAGACUUGGAUGCCAUCAUUCCAAAGCUUGAUGACAGAGUUAUCUAUACUACUCCUUACCAACAAAGAAGAGAUUCAUCAGCUCCUCCUCCACCUCCUUCCAGUUACUCGAUGCAUAGUUCAUCACAGGAGUUGCCACUAGAGUUGGGAACAAGAAGCGAUGAAGCUUUCGACUUUUCUAGCUCUCAGCAGAAGACUUCUUUGUCAUCGCAAUUACCGCGCAUUUCAAGUGAAGCAGAAUUUAACUCCGCUUUUGCAAUUCCUCCGGAAUUACACACUGGCGAAGUCCCAAUCCUCUCGAAAUUGGCUGACUCUGUGAAGAUAAGGACGGCCUCUCUCCCGCCUUUCAAAGGACAGCCAGCAAGGCUUCCAUCCGAGCCACCGAAAGUUCCAGGAGUUGACUACUCCAGUCUUGAAGUUGCUCCGAAACCUCAGACUGGUCCUUCACAGCAAGACUUCGCUGAAGCACAACAAAUCACUCAGGACAUCAACAACUACUUGCCUGGCAUAGAACAACAGCCGGCAAGACCUGAGUACAUCCAAUACGUCAAGUUCUUGAUUGAUAAGCUUGAUGAUUCAACUAAGAAACUUGAAGACAAAUAUUAA